CAUUAUGUUAUUGUGGCUUCUUUAGAUUCUGUAUUCAUUUCUUCCUUGCAGGAGACUGAAGAGCCAAUUGUAGAGUGUCAGGAGUGUGAAACUGAAGUCUCCCCUUCACAGACUGGGGGCUCCUCGGGUGACCUGGGAGACAUCAGCUCCUUCUCCUCCAAGGCAUCCAGCUUACACCACACAUCAAGCGGGACAAGUCUCUCAGCCAUGCACAGCAGUGGCAGCUCAGGGAGAGGAGCCGGAUCACUCAAAGGGAAAACCAGCGGGACAGAACCCACAGAUUUUGCCUUACCCAGCUCCCGAGGAGGCCCAGGAAAACUGAGUCCUAGAAAAGGGGUCAGUCAGACAGGGGCGCCAGUGUGUGAGGAGGAUGGUGAUGCAGGCCUUGGCAUCAGACAGGGAGGGAAGGCUCCAGUCACGCCUCGUGGGCGCGGGCGAAGGGGCCGCCCGCCUUCUCGGACCACUGGAACCAGAGAAGCAGCUGUGCCUGGCCCCUUGGGCAUAGAGGACAUUUCACCCAGCAUGUCGCCAGAUGAUAAAUCCUUUACCCGUAUUGUGCCCCGAGUGCCAGACUCUGCCAGACGAGCAGACAUGGUUCCUGGUGCUUUGCGUCGUAGUGACUCUCCAGAAAUUCCUUUUCAGGCUCCUGCUGGCACCUCUGAUGGCUUAGAUCCCUCCUCUUCAGGGAACAGCUUUGUAGGGCUCCGUGUUGUAGCCAAGUGGUCAUCCAAUGGCUAUUUUUACUCUGGGAAAAUCACUCGAGAUGUUGGAGCUGGAAAGUAUAAAUUGCUCUUUGAUGAUGGGUACGAGUGUGAUGUGCUGGGCAAAGACAUUCUCUUGUGUGACCCCAUCCCACUGGAUACUGAAGUGACAGCCCUCUCGGAGGAUGAGUAUUUCAGUGCAGGAGUGGUGAAAGGGCAUAGGAAGGAGUCUGGGGAAUUGUACUACAGCAUUGAAAAAGAAGGCCAAAGGAAGUGGUAUAAGCGAAUGGCUGUCAUUCUGUCCUUGGAGCAAGGAAACAGACUGAGAGAGCAGUAUGGGCUUGGCCCAUAUGAAGCAAUAACUCCCCUCACAAAGGCAGCAGAUAUCAGCUUGGAUAAUUUGGUGGAAGGGAAGCGAAAACGGCGCAGUAACAUCAGCUCCCCAGCCACCCCCACUGCCUCUAGCAGCAGCAGCACAACCCCUACCCGUAAGAUCACAGAAAGUCCUCGUGCCUCCAUGGGCGUUCUCUCAGGCAAAAGAAAACUUGUCACUUCUGAAGAGGAACGGUCUCCCGCCAAGCGAGGCCGCAAGUCUGCUGCUGUGAAACCUGGUGCGGUGGGAGCAGGAGAGUUUGUGAGCCCCUGUGAGAGUGGGGACAACACAGGUGAACCCUCUGUCCUGGAAGAGCAGAGAGGGCCUUUGCCCCUCAACAAGACCUUGUUUCUGGGCUAUGCCUUUCUCCUCACCAUGGCCACUACCAGUGACAAAUUGGCCAGCCGCUCCAAACUGCCAGAUGGUCCUACGGGAAGCAGUGAGGAAGAGGAGGGUAAGGCCCUAGGAAGUCCUGGGGGCUCUGCCAUAUGUGGAGGAGACAGAGCAAUUGCAACUGGGAUCUUGGUCAGGGAAGUGAAUAUUGAUUUGUACCCUGCUUCUUGGUUUGUAAACUGUUUUCAUAAAAUUCUUCUCAGUGAGUGUUUCCUCAAAAUCCUGUGAGGCAGAUGGGAGAUAGAUCUUAUCCAUUUUACAGAUGAGGAAAUAAGCUUGGAGAAGUUAAAUAACUGCUUCUUGCCCACAAUAAUGGCAGACUUGGGACUAGAACACCAUGUUCAUUUUACCAUACUACAACUGUCGUAGUCAAUCAGGUUUCUAAAUGCCCUGCCAUCUCUCCCAUUUGUCUUUCUAGGGGCAACUGCCAGAGCAAACCCACGUAGAGGGUGAGGUUCAUUCUCUUGA